UUUCAAAUUAUGUCACUAGCUGAUGUUUGUUGGAAAUUAUUGCUGUUUCCGUGGAUUGCAAAACUUGGUCAAUGGAAGGAGAUUUGCUGGCUUCACUUCCAGACAACAACUCCGUUUCCUUUCAUCACACUGCCAAACGGAUACACAUUUCCUUCCACAACUACGACGUCACCGUUCACUUUCAUUCCGCUUACAACGACACCCAUGAACGCUAGCACCGGAACAACCACCACCACAUCUGUUCCAUCCAGUACCACAACGACCGCUCAAAGUACAUUGUUCAGCACAACGUUAUCAACAUUUCCCGCGCUGACAUCGACGACAUUUCAAACAACACAAUCUACAGGAACUCCAAUAACAGUGACUACAUCCCCUAUCACUUCAACAGUACCUACUGUCCCAUUAACAAGCACUACAUUUGCCACUUCCAGUGCGUCUACCGUUAAUUCAUCUUUGAUAACUCAAACAUUUCCAACAGCUCCCUUGACGUCGACACUAAUUUCCUCGCUCUUCCCAACAGUAACGUUUACCACACCUUUUCCUACCAGCACAAUUCCAAGAGUUACACUAACGACUCUACCCCCAAUAACGACAGUGACUAAUAUAUCACCUCUUCCAACUUUUCCCACAUUCUUGUCUACACUUUACCCGCCCACGUCGCCAGGUGUUGUUCAAACUACAUCAACAACUUGUUCACCAAUACCGCCAACGUGUCCUCCUUAUCUACCACCUGGUAUUCCCCCCACUUCAUCCGGCAUUGACCCGCGACCGUUGCCUAGACAGCUGCCCAACGGCUGUCCUUGCAUAGAUGUUAGACAGCAGAACUAUGCUUUAAAUACCUUUCGAUAG